CUGUAAUCUGGGGUCUAGGGUCGUUAACUAGUUUUGCAGUUCCUCUAACCCUUAACUUAGACCAACUUGGUGAUCACGCCAGUACUCAGCACAUAUUUUACCUGUUAAACUUUGGCAAAAUAGAAACGACAAUUGAAUUCGAACAAGCAAGAAAAAUAAUCAGCGAAGUUCAAUCAAUCAACUGCCUAGAGCUACCAAAAAAACCUGAUGAUGUCCCAGUAGAUAUCAUUGAUAUUCUAUCUUUCAAACUGCCACUGGAAGAUAACAGUAAAAUGGCAGCCGCAGUCAAAUCACUACGACUUAUAUAUACUUUUGAAA